AUGUUGGAGAAAACGUACUCCACAUUUCAUGCAACAAACAUUACCUUGAUGCAACAAUAUCGGUUGCAAAAGCUCACAAAAUAUUCUGAAUUGAAUGCAUGCUUACUUGUUGCAGAGCAAAACAAUGAGCUCUUAAUGAAAAACCAUGAAUUUCGUCCAACAAUAUCAGUAGCACUUCUUGAAGCAAAUGCUACAAAUACAGAUGGUUAUCGAAACUAUACAUGUGGACGAGGACGUGGCUGUGGUCUAGGACGAGGACGUGGCUAUCUUAAUCGAAACCAAAGCCAUAAUCAUAACCAUAAUUUUGGUCGUGGACAAGGUAAUAAUCGUGGUCGUGGCCAGAAAAGAAAUAAUUGCCAAUAUUUACAAAGAAACAAUAUCCAUUCACAAGAAAAGGCCAAAGUAGCAAGGCAUGAUGUUGGGACAUCACAAAAAUCUUUUGGUUCAUGUUAUAGAUGUGGUAGCACAGGCCAUUUGUCAAGGACCUACCACACACCUGCACAUCUUUAUCAACUUUAUCGAGAGUCCAUUAAAGGAAAAGGAAAAGAAGUAAACCUCAUUGAUAAUGUUGAAUGCACUCCGCUAACUGUUGCUGAUUUCUGCAAUGACAUGGAAGACAUAAACUAA